ACUGCUAAAGAGAAAAGACAAAAAAUGUUUCACCUGCGCUCAGUGUGGAAAGAGUCUGUCAAACAAAAAGACUCUGAAGAUGCACAUGAGGAUCCACACUGGAGAGAAACUGUUCACAUGCUCUCAGUGUGGGAAGAGUUUCAGACACUCAUCAUCCCUUAACAGACACAUGUUGAUCCACACUGGAGAAAAAAUACACAAAUGUGAUCAGUGCGGCAAAACAUUUUUGAGGUCUUCAGAGCUGAAGAGACACCUUAGAGCACAUACAAAGCAAAGGACACUUUUAUGCCCUUCGUGUGGAAAGAGUUUUAAAUAUCUACACAGUUUAAGAGUUCACGAGAGGAUCCACACUGGUGUGAAAGAGUACAUGUGCUUUGAGUGUGAGAAGACCUUUAUGACAGCUAAAAAUUUAAAACUACACCAGAGGAUUCACACUGGAGAGAAACCUUACAAGUGUUCACACUGCGACAAGAGAUUCAGUCAUUCAGGAAGCCUAAAAAACCAUGAGAGGAUUCACACUGGUGAGAAACCUUAUAAAUGUUCACAGUGCAACAAGAGAUUCUGUAAGUCAGAAGCCCUGAAAUUACAUGAGAGGAUUCACACUGGAAAGAAACCUUACAAGUGUUUACUCUGUGGGAAAAGAUUCCGUCAUUUGGAAAGCUUGAAGAAACAUAAGAGGAUUCACACUGGAGAGAAACCGUACAAGUGUUCACACUGUGACAAAAGAUUCACUCAGUCAGAUAGUGUGAAAAUACAUGAGAGGAUUCACACAGGAGAGAAACCUCACAAGUGUUCACACUGCGACAAGAGAUUCAGACAGUUAGGAACCCUGAAAAGACAUGAGCGAGUUCACACUGAAGAAAAACUGUAUAAGUGUUCACAGUGCGACAAGAGAUUUAAUCUUUUAGAAGGCCUGAAAUUACACAAGAGGAAUCACACUGGAGAUAAACCUUACAUGUGUUUCCAGUGUGACAAGAGAUUCAGUCAUUCAGGACAUUUAAAAGCCCAUGAGAUGAGUCACACUGGAGAGAAACCUUACAAAUGUGGACACUGCGACAAGAAAUUCAUCCGGUCAGGACAUCUGAAAGUACAUGAGAGGAUUCACACCUGAGAGAAACCGUACAAGUGUUCACUCUGCGACAAGAGAUUCAGUCGGUCAGGAAGCCUGACAACACAUGAGAGGAUUCAGACUGGAGAGAAACCCUACAAGUGUUCACACUGCGACAAGACUUUCAGUCAGUCAGGACAUCUGAAAUCACAUGAGAGAAAUCACACCGGAGCGACCCCUACAAGUGUUCACACUGCUGAAAGGGAUUCAGGGAUUUAAGACCCCUGAAGUCACAUGAGAGGAUUCACACUGAAGAGAAUCACAGCUGACUAUUAUCUUGAGUGUUAUUGUCUUGAAUGAACACUGGUGUUAGAGAUCAAUGACGUUUCUGGGAAGAGAAUUUCCUUGGUAUGCAUCUUAGCUUGGUUUUAUUUAGAUUUUGACUAGCUGAAUGAAAACUUGAUUGUGCCAUGUGCAGAUUUCUUUUCCUUAAAACAUCACAGUCAUAUGCAUCACCUGUCAUCUGGAAGUGGAGCUGAUGCGCUGAAGAGACACACAGAACCUGAUCUCAAAUCGUGAGUUAUCUGCUUCAUAUCAUGUUUAACAGCAGUAUACAGACCUUGCUGAUGUAAUGUAGUUGUGCAUGUAUAGAAAGUCUGUUUGUUUUGUUGUUCUUUUUUAGAUCUGAUAUAUAUCAUGAGUGGGAUGUGCCAAAUGUAUAUUUACAGCACUGUUUAGUCGCUUUUAGGCUUGCUUUAGUGUGCAGUAUUAAUAAUGCUGGAAAUAUAAACACUUCAUUAUUCCACAGUUUGUUGUUUCGACAAGUUAUUACUUGACUAAUUCCAGUGGCGGCUACUAAUACGCACUUUGUGUGCACUGGCUGCUGACUGGUGCCAACCAAAUUAGGAAGUCAUAUGUUCAAAAAUCAAGUGACUUGAUUGGCUUGAAUCAGAUUUGACUCAGGACGUUUCCACUAUAGUCUUUAAAUGAAUCAGAAUUGUUUCAGAAUUGUUUAAGAAAAAAAAGCUUAAAUCGACUCCUUUUACAUUUCCAGCAGCGCUUAAGCAAUCAUGGUCAUACAUUCUGGGUUUGCUUAACACUUUCUUUGGUAAAGGGCUUGGCUGACAAUGCUUGGUAGAGCUAAAAUGGAAGAUUGGCCCAAGCCCAAUUCUACCCAUUAACCAGGGAUGGGCAGACUUGAUCCUCGAGGGCCGGUGUCCCUGCAAAGUUUUCUCCAACACUAAUCAAACACACCGGAACAUGCUAACCAGUGUCUUCAAGAUCAAUAGAAAGCUACAGGCAGGUGUGUUUAAUUAGGGUUGGAGCUAAACUUUGCACGACACCUGCCCUCCAGGAUCAAGUUUGCCUAUACCUGCCCUUAGCCCUUCCUUUGUCUCUUUUUCACACAUUCACUUGGUCAUAUGCAAGCAACUAAUGUGCAAUUAUAUAUAGCAUUUAUCGUGCAUGGCCAUACACCCAAAUCACUUUACAAUCAUGUGUUCUGUGUUCUGUCUUCACUUGGUUCACUUGGAUAAUGCGCUGACAGCUCCAGGGCAACGGUGCCACUUAUAGGUGGAGUGGAGAGAUAGGGAUAGAACCACUCCGGUGGAUUAGGAUGAUUGAUCAUGAUAGAGACCAUAAUAGCCAAUGAAAGGAAGUUGACCAGAACCUCAGUGUUACACCUCUGUUCUUUACAAGAAGUGCCAUGUGAUAUGUAAUGACCAUGGAGAGUCAGGACCUCAAUUUAGGCCAUGAUGACACGGACACGGGUAUUUUUAUAAACAAGUCUUUCACACUUUCGUUUUUUAAAAAUCUCUGUCCACAUGAAAACGCAAACUGUACGGGUAAAGGCGUGCCGAACCAAUAAGUGGCGAUAAUGACACUUUUGUACGAGGAGUUCACACCAAGUGAGGAAUUACGUAUAUUUCGCAAGUUUAUUGCAGUCAAGCCAAUGCAAACUUGAGAAAAGAGGCAAAUUACUUUCCUACGGUUGAACAAUCUGGAAUAUGCUAUACAUUUGCACGAAUGUGCCGAAUUUGCCUCAUUCAUAUCUUCCAAUGUUUGGUGUGAUACCAGUCAUGUUGGCCAAUCAGAAAGAGCUUAAAGUCUCAGUUGAAGGAUGCCAAUCACUGACAGUAUAGCACCCCCUUCACUAUACUGGGGUGUUAGGACCCACACAGACCACAAGUUGAGUGCCUCCUGCUGGCCUCACUUCCAACAGCAACCUAGUGUUCCCAAGUGGUCUCCCAUCCAGGUACUAACCAGGCUCAGCCCUGCUUCAGUAGCCAGUCUUGGGCUGCAGGGUGAUUUGCCUGUGGCCAUGUAGAGUUGUGCACGCACACACAUCAUGAGUGAGAUUUGGUCAAAUUAAUUCAGACGCAGUUAUACCCAACACUUUUUACGACCUGCCAAAAUCUGAAACAAUUCUGUGAAAUUCCACACCCAAAACAUGAACAGAGAAAACCAGUGCUGUCAGGCAUAACCCAUCAUACAGCCCUCACUGUUUAGUGAGUUUAUCCUCUUGAUUGGUCAACUUCAGAUAGAUUGACAGAUUAGUUUGUUCAACCGCACACAUUCAAGUCAAAAGCUCCCAAUUUUUUUUACAUGAUUAAAAAUAAUCGGGGCGACAUGGUGGCUCAGUGGUUAGCACUGUUGCCUCACAGCAAGAAGGUCACUUGUUCGAGUCCCGACUGGGCCCCGACUGUGUGGAGUUCGCAUGUUCUCCCCAUGUUGGCGUGGGUUUCCUACGGGUGCUCCGGUUUCCCAGACAGUCCAAACACAUGCAGUAUAAGGGAAUUGGAUGAACUAAGUUAGGGAGGGUGGGGGUAUUAGCUUGUUUUGCGCGCCCCUUACCCCACAAAAAUUAACCACCUGCCGCCACUAACUAAUACCUGUUUAUUUAAUCAUACAUAACAUGCCUAUUGGACAAUCAGAGCAUACUUUCAGUGUUGA